AUGGCUCAACCCGGUGCGCGACCGCCGAAGCCCAGCGAGAGCGAGACUCGGCACAAACAGAAAGUGCGCAAAGUCAAGACAGGCUGCCGGACCUGCAAGAUACGAAGAGUGAAAUGUGACGAGGCUCGACCAUCAUGCCACCGCUGUCUCUCGACCGGUCGCGUGUGCGAUGGCUACGGCAUCUGGGGUGGCGGCGGUGGCGGCGGCGGAGGUCCCUCGAGCCCGCGCCCUUCAUGCGACACAGGCACAGCUACAGCUGUAUCAACGGUGGUGCAAAAUCAGUAUCCAUCGCAGAAACACAGAGAGCCCAUCUUGCUACAUCUGGACAGUAUCGCGCUGAGACUACUUCCCCUGCACGUCAUUUCGGCGGACGAGCACAUGUGCAUGGAAUGGUUUCUCCACAGGACGCUGGGCAAACUUCCCGGCAUGUUCAACUCGGCCUUUUGGAAGACCCUGUUGCCGCAAGCCAGUCUCUCGGAGCCGGCGGUGCUCCAUGCCGUUCUCUCUCUAGGUUCGGUUCAUAGGAGAAAAGCGCUUGAUGUCGGGUCGGCUGUGGAUGACAAUGACACGACCGAGUCGUUUACUCUGCAACAGUAUAUCCGUGCGACAAGUGACCUCCGACGGCGGAUGGAGCAUAGGAGCGGGCAUUCCACCAAGGUGGCACUCAUUGCAUGUGCCAUCUUUGUCCAUCUUGAGUAUAUGCGAGGCUGUCAUCAGACCGCGCUGACUCACCUCCGGCAUGGCCUGGUCCUACUCGAGGAGAUGUUGGAUACCAACGGUCGGACAGAAGAAGGCAACCGUGACGUCGUGGAUAGAUGGAUGAUGCACGCCUUCACCAGUCUGUUCGUCCAGGCCAAACUGUUCGGGCAAGACAUCUGUCAACCUCGUCUCCUUUCCCGUAUCGGCAGCCAUAUUGAGCCUGUGGGCGAGACCGAGACAUUCCGGUCCCUCAACCAUGCCAGACAAAGCCUCGAACACCUCUUUCUCCGAAUCUUUGACCUAAAGAGUCAAGUUCGACACACACAAUGUUUCGAAUCGUCUUCAAUGCCCCUAACCGACACCGGUGCAACCUUGCAGCUCGAGCUUGACAGCUGGUUGCGAGCUUAUGAAAAAGCCCCUGGGAGCCCCGGAAUGGAAAUCCCCGAUCACCAUGCAGUUUCCUCGUCGGCAGUUGAAAGAUUUGCCUGGAGGCUUCUACGAGUAUACCACACCCUGGCUUGCGUGAUACUUAGCGGAUGUCUCUCGUUUGCAACGCCUGCCACCGCCACCGCCACCGCCACUACCCCCAGCCCCGACCCAUCGGCUUCAAGUUCAUCCCAACCAUCCACCAACUCGACUUCUUUCUCUGCUGGGUUUUCCCACUCAACAGAAUCAUCGGCUUUCUCCAUGAGCCCCCCUGGAGAGGACACAAGCAGUCCGCCAUGUCCGACCCGUGACUCUAAUUCCGCAACCAACCCAUCAUCCUACUCGUACCAUCCCGAUGACACGACGACGACGACGACACCCUUUUUCCGAUCCAUCCUCUCGCAAUGCGAGGUUCUUUUCAAACUGGCCUUAGGGCCCUCGAUCCAGUCGGCUCGUCCUGAUCGCCCCGCGGCAGACCACGACCAUUCGAACGCAAUAGCCGACAUCGGCUGGAUUCCGCUUCUCUACCACACCGCAAUUCACAGUCCCGAGCCCCGCAUCAGGUGCGAGGCGAUUAGAAUGUUGCUGUUGGUGCCGCACCGAGAGGGCAUCUGGGAUUCCUUGCUGGCUGGCGCUGCGGCCAAAAAGAUCCUUGAUCUGGAGGAGGCCGUAGCCGUAGCCACGACUGCGACUGGUACUGGUACUGGUCAACUAUGUGCUCCAAGGCCGGACUGUUGCCGUCCUCGAUGUGAAAUUGCAAGGGAGGCCGCCGACUUAGAGUUCCACCAUGAUCUUCCUGUGGAUGUGGAUCUGGACCUGGACCUGUGCCCCCAACCCACAGCACUGAGACACGUGCAGGUUGAAUUGCCAGAGGGUCCUGACGGGACGUUGGUGUUGCAUUACAGCAUGCGCAGCCACCAUGACAGAAACGGAACCAGGAUCUGGAUUAAAGGCCGAAGUAGCUAUCAUCUGCAAUCGGGUGGUUGGACCGAUGAUGAUGAAUGA